UGGUCGUCGCUGGUAUUUCGAGACGCAGCCACGCGGCAUGGGACUCGCGGAAAGCCUUGACGGGGUCCGACUCGUCUGCCGGAGCGAGCCGGCGCGAAGUCUCCCUCGUUGGAAACGUCUCUCUUGAAUGCAAGACACGGAAGAAGCCCCUCCCUCAAUGUCACUUCAGCUCCCGUGUAUGAGCUGGAGAUUCAACUCCCGAUCACCCAGAAACUUAUUAUUUCUUCCCCAUACCCCCUUUUUAUUACUUAUUCUCAAUAUUGCGGUUAAUAUCUUAUACGAGGCCUUCGAAUGCAUGUCGUUGAAUCAUACCGUCAUGUCAACGGACGGCUCGAGCUGGCUUUCUAGAUCGUGGAGCGCGUAUUCUGUCAAUGAGCACAGGGUGCGUUUAUCGGGUAGAACGAAGCACCGCGUCUCGGGUUUUCCAUAUCUGUUUUGUCACUUCACUGCGUUUCUUUCUCUUGUUGCUCUUGCGUAUGUUUUAGUCUGUUUACAACGUCAUGAGAGACAAGUACCGACGAAUAGGAUAGCUAUGCCACACGGGCACAGCAUCGAAGCAUCUGACCCGAUAAGGGAGCCUCGGCAAUUGAGAGGGGGGGGAUCAAGUGACGACUUACCCCAGAAACUGUCCGAGUUCAUGGGCAGCCCAGGGCCGCAUCCUUGACGAACGGGUGACAGUCCGGUGGUAUGACGAGAGCUUUCCUCGCACAGCUCCAAAGAGCAAGCUUUCAUUCUCCUGUUGCCCUCGAGACUUCGACAUCCGAAGCCUACGGCUCUUCUGCUCUACCUGAGAGGGGCUGCCAGGCGAGAAGAAUGGGCUGUCUCUUCGAAAACCUACGUGGUCGAUUGCCUCUCUUUUGGCGGAGGAACCGUCUUUAGCGCAGA